CCCCCCCCCGGGACCAUGUUCACCAGCACCGGCUCCAGCGGGCUCUAUAAGGCACCUUUGUCGAAGAGCCUCCUGUUAGUUCCAAGUGCCCUGUCCAUUUUAUUGACACUGCUCCUUCAACAUUACCAGAAGUACUUCGUUUAUAAUCUACGUGCUGUAAAGGAUGAUUUUCAGAUAUGGAGAUUGAUAAGUGGAAGAAUCAUUUGUCUUGAUUUGAAGGACACAUUCUGCAGCAGCCUGCUCAUUUAUAACUUUCGGAUAUUUGAAAGAAGAUACGGCAGCAGAAAAUUUGCAUCCUUUUUAUUGGGUUCCUGGAUUCUGUCAGCCUUGUUUGACUUGAUCCUCGCAGAAGCACUGUACUAUUCAUUUGGGGUCCCGGCCAGCAGUCUGCCUUCUGGAUUUCUGGGACCCAUAUUUGCUCUAUUUGUACCAUUUUAUCGCUCCAUUCCAAGAAUGCAAGUGACACAAAUUUUGGGCCAGUUUUCCAUCACAAACAAGACAUUGAUUUACAUUUUGGGCCUUCAGCUUUUAACCUCAGGGACCUAUAUCUGGAUUGUAGCCAUAAGUGGGCUGAUUUCCGGUGCGUGCUACGACAGUAGCGUUUUAAAAGUUCACCAAGUGCUUGGGGUGCCCAGCUGGAUGGCAAGGUUUUUCUCUUCGACCCUCGAGCCCCUGUUCUCAUCCGCGGAACCCGCCGGUGAAGUCAGAAUCGGAAUGGGCGCGACGGUAGAUAUCCAGAGACAGCAAAGGAUGGAACUACUUGAUCGUCAGCUUAUGCUCUCUCAGAUCGCCCAGAUGAGACGGCAGAGACAGCAACAGGGUGGAAUGAUCAAUUGGAAUCGACUAUUUCCUUCCUUACGCCAGAGGAGAAAUGCCAACUAUCAGGAUAAUCCACCAUCAGGGCAAGAAGCAGCAGCCCCUCCCCUGGAGGUUUCUGAAGAACAGGUUGCCCGGCUUAUGGAGAUGGGAUUUUCCCGGGUGGAUGCGUUGGAGGCUCUGAGAGCUUCAAAUAAUGACCUGAACGUAGCCACCAACUUUCUACUCCAGCACUGAGACCGACUGCUCCCUGGCUGUCGCGGUCCUGGAUCGACAACCCUUCCCGUCUCUUGGCCAGCCCGGGACCCACCUCUUUUGAGCCCAGCCCUGAGCCGAGGGGCGUCCAGGAUGGCCAAGUUACCCUUGCAGACGGGCCGAGCAUCAGCUUCCAGAGUCAGUCGUCCUAGACAGAGGGCCGGAAAUAGGGGGAGGAAUGGUACUGACGAGGGAAACAGAACCAGGAAUGGGAAUGGUGUUUCCAGCGCCUAAACAAGUAGAUAGAGGGCAAAACCCUGAAAGGUAUAACUUGGCUGUACUCUGCACAGUGAGCAGAAAUGUAUCAAAUUGAUGCAAAUCUAGGCGUAUGAUGCUCAUUAUAAUAAAAACAUUCACUUGUUUUCUCUUUUA